AUGAUAGCAGAACUCCUGAGCAACCAGGACAGUUCAACAAAGCCAGGGCCCAUCAAGGAUUGCAGUUCCCACUCGAAGCACUCCACGUCCGUGUACUGCUACAACUGCUCCCGCAGAGGACACUUUGGAUACGAGUGCUCGGAGAAGCGGAUGCAGGGGAACAUGUUCCCCACUUCUCCCUUCAUCUACUGCUAUGACAACGAAUAUGACAUCAAGAGGAGAGAGAACAGGUUAAAAAGGAAGGUGGCAGACCUGCAGGAAGCUGGUCUCCUGCCCAAGUGGCCGGAGGCACCGUGGCAGGAGGAACAGCUGGAGGAGCACAGCCACAGGAAGCGAAGCAAACAUGGGAAGGAGCUGCGCAGGAGGCACAGCAGGGAUGGCGAGCAGCACAAGAGGACGAAGGUGUCCCGGGGGGAGAGGCCCCGGGGGGAGAAGCAUAGGAAAGGUGCUGAGCUCUACCACAGCCCCGAGGAGGACUUCCCCCGGGGGUGUGGGCGCCAGGAGUUCAAGGCCAGCAGGGUCCAUCACAAGUCGCUGUUCCAGGCAUUCUCGAGGGACACCAGUCCUGACCACAGGGACAAUCUGUUCCUCAUAAAGCAGCGGAGGAAGAAGUCCAGACAGAAGUCCUGGUGA